UUCCGGGAAGGGGCGGGAGGGGGUUUAAGAUCUUUUGGUGUUCUUCGACGACGCAAAAAUAGAAGCGGAGAAAUUGUAAGUAGCCUCUCUUUCUCUCCAUUAUCUACCUGUAGAUUUCUCGGUUCAAACUGAAUCCAAAUCCCUUAUCUUAGUAAGGCAAAACCCUAUCUUCUCACCACACAUUUUGCUUCGAUUGAAGAAAUUAAUUCGCUCAGAAUUUGAUUCAGAACACUCAUUUUUUUGAUAUGCUGAGCUCAUCUGAUUGCUUCCGAAGCCUAAUUUCUCCAAAACCAACCGAUUUCAUCAUUUCGGGGACCGCAAAAUUUGCAUUUCCAAAGCCCAGAUGUUGUUUUAAAGCUCAAAAUCGGAUUUUCCUGCGAAAUUUGAUUCGAGCAUCGGCCGAAUCGAAGAUUAGAUGCACUGUCCCGGAGCGAGAGGUCGAAAAUAAGCGUUUGAACAAGUGGGCUUCCUAUGGUGGAUGCAUUCCUGCUAUGCUGAGAGCAUUGGAAUCUGUUCGAGACCUCGACGAGGCCCUGAAGCCGUGGGAAGGUGGCCUCAGCAAUAAGGAGAGGACCAUAAUCCUCAAGGAGCAGUCCGAUUGGAGGAGGGCGAUCGAGAUUUUUGAUUGGUUCAAGAGAAAGGGAUGCUACGAAAUCAAUGUGAUCCACUACAAUGUGUUGCUCACCAUCCUCGGAAGAGCUCAAAAGUGGGAUCUUGUUUUCGACCUAUGGAGUGAGAUGCAAUCAAACGGAAUACUCCCGUCGAAUGCCACGUACGGCACGUUGAUCAACGCUUGCUGCAAAGGGGGUCUGAAUAAUGAAACUCUAGUGUGGCUCGGUCAUAUGUAUAAGAAAGGAGUAGAGCCUGAUGAGGUGACGAUGAGCGUUAUUCUUCAAGCUUAUAAGAAAGCUGGUGAGUUUAAAAAGGCGGAGCUUUUCUUCAAGAGGUGGUCUCUGGAUACAACUGAUGGUCCUGAAAGGCGGAAAACUUAUAGCUUGUAUACGUAUAAUACUUUGAUUGAUACGUAUGGAAAAGCAGGACAGCUCGAAAAGGCUUCCGAGAAAUUUUCCCAGAUGUUAAGAGAAGGGAUUUUUCCGGACGUAGUGACAUUCAACACGAUGAUUCACAUAUGUGGUAGCCAUGGUCGGUUAGAAGAAGUUCAUUCAUUAAUGAUGAUGAUGGAGGAGCUUCGUUGCCUUCCCGAUACAAGAACUUAUAACAUUCUCGUCUCGCUUUUCCUGAAAAAUGACGACAUCGACACAGCAGAAAGUUACUUUUUAAGGAUGAAAGAAGAUGGUCUUAUACCUGAUAUUGUGAGCUACCGAACACUUUUAUAUGCUUAUUCUAUUAGGAAAAUGGUUGGAAAAGCGGAAGCUCUUUUACAGGAGAUGGAAAAGAACGGGCUUGUGAUUGAUGAGUACACACAAUCGGCUUUAACUAGAAUGUAUAUAAGUUCUGGGAUGCUUGAACAGUCAUGGUCCUGGUUUGAGAGGUUUUGCGAUAACAUGAGUUCGGAGUGCUUCUCGGCUAAUAUUGAUGCUUUUGGAGAGAAUGGGCACCUCUCUCUAGCAGAGAAUGCUUUCUGUUGCUGCUUAGGCAGACAAAAGCUUAGUGUUCUUGUUUUCAAUGUCAUGAUUAAAGCAUAUGGAAUCGGAAAGAAGUAUGAUAAGUCUCGUGAGCUUUUUGAUAAAAUGGAGAAAUAUGGUAUUUUUCCAGAUAGCUGCACUUAUAAUUCUCUCAUACAGAUUUUAUCAGCUGCUGGGCUGCCUAAAAAAGCAGUUUCCUAUGUCAGGAGGAUGAAGGAGGCCGGCUUCGUAAGUGAUUGUGUUCCGUAUUCUGUGGUGAUGGACAGUUUUGCUAAGCUUGGCGAGCUUCAAAUGGUGGAGGAUUUAUUUAAAGAAAUGACCAGCUUUGGAAUAUCUGCCGAUAUUGUUGUUUAUUCGAUCUUGAUCGAUGCAUAUGCCGAAGUUGGUGAUGUCCAACAAGCAGUCAAAUAUGUUGAUUCAUUGAAGAGAGCUGGUUUUGCUGUUAAUUUGAUUAUACGCAACUCGCUUAUCAAGCUCUAUACGAAGGUAGGACUUCUGCGAGAAGCCCAAGAAACAUACGAGCUAGUCAAAUCAUCGGAUGAUAGUCCAGAUGUGUAUUCGUCCAAUUGCAUGAUCAAUCUUUACAAUGACUAUGCUAUGGUUAGAGAAGCAGAGGAAGUUUUCGAGAACUUGAGAAACAGCAGAAAGGCAAAUGAAUUUUCUUAUGCAAUGAUGAUGUGCCUGUACAAGAAGGUUGGGAGAGUUGGUGAUGCUUAUCGGGUCUCUCAAGAGAUGCAAGUUCUUGGGCUUUUAACUGAUAUAUUAAGCUACAACAGCAUGCUCAGCUUGUAUGCGUCAGGUGGCAGAAUGAAGGAAGCUGUAAAAUGCUUUCAGCAGAUGUUAGCUUCAGGUGUAAAGCCAAAUGAUGCAACAUUUAAGACACUAGGGCUCAUCCUAAUUAAGCGUGGAGCUCCAAGUAGUGCUAUCGAGCAUCUAGAGAUGGUGAGAAGAAAUGAUGCUCAAGUUGGUUUGAAGGAAUGGAUCAAGGCGUUACGUGCUCUAGUAAGGUUUGAUGACUCUAACUUGACAAUUGGCGGUAUGUUGAUGGGCCGCAAUAAAGCAGACUCUUGUGUAAUAGAUACCUACACGAGCGAACUAGGAUCCAUGAAAGAAUCAGUAACUCUUCGAUAGUGAUUGAAAUCAUGGAAAGAUAACUACAAUGUCUUCAAGAGCGCAAAGGUUUUGUCUUGAAGAGCUACAAUGCCUUCAAGAGUGCCUGAUGGAUCGGACAAGCGUUGCGGAAGCAAUUCAGAUUGAAUUUAAUUUCCAAUGAUAUAUGGACUGGUAACAAGCAAGUCCUAAUCAUGCAUGCUAGAUAUUUUGGAAGGCACACAUAGUUGUCAAAGGAUGAGACUUGCGAGUACACGACAUGUUAUACAAAUCGAUUCAGUUAUGUAGGCAUUAAGUGGAAAGGGGGAUUUUCUUACAGAUUCAACACAUAUUCUUGACUUCUGGCAUUCUCGGCCGAUGUGGAUAACUCUUCAUGCGCAGGCAAAGAAGCAAAGUAAGAACUGCUGUAGCUUCUCCUCUUUUUUUUUUUAAUGUAUUUUGUUGUUCAUAUGUAGUCUGGCCAUCAUUAAAUUUUUGAUUUUGCCAGUAUGUCAAUUUUUCUUUUCCUCCCUAAUAAAGAAUUUACUGAAUUUGCUCAGAGUGAACAUGUGUCAAAAAUCUUACUGGCUACAGCAGCAACUCUUUACCCAGUUGUUUUACGAUAAUACGAGCAUAAUGCGCUUGCUUGUUUUGUUU